AUGAUUUUCAUCUCCGGCGGUUGCCAUAGCAACUGCUUGAGCGUGUGGCCACGAGAGAUUUUUCAUAGAAGGCAACUUUGUUCACAGAGAAUUUGUGAUACUUAUGGUUCAUUAGAAAUGCGUGCAGUCAAUGCGAACACGCUUUAUGAUGUCAGUGGAACAUUAUUUGAAAAAGCAUACCUAACUCAAAUAACUAUUGAGAUUAAAUUACCAUCAAAAUACGUGUCUGAACUUCGAAGAAAUAUAAAAGUUGAAAUUGAAUUGUGGAAAAUUGUAAGAAAAAAGAAGAAAAUUCUUGUGACUAAGAAAGCCAGGAUGAAGGUAACUCCAAGAUUGAAAUUGAUAAAUAAUACAAGAAAUUCAUUACGAGGCGAGAGGGAAAACGAAUCGAAAGAAGGAAUAGAAGAAAGGCGUAAAAACUCAUCAUAUGAAAAGCUCUUUACUUAA